UUUAUUUUUUGUCGGAAUUUGCGAGUCAAAGCCCCAACUCAGAACACACAUCGCUGAUGGAAGCUUUGGUGCCCGAGGCGACCACCUACGGCACUGACCGGCCGCCAAGGCAAAGGGCCAACAAACGCCAAAGAGCCCCUGCUAGCGUCGAGGGAGCAGGCAAUGCCGCUGACGAUCCCACACCACCAACCUCCUCUCGAAGUCCAGGUCAGUACGAUGACAGAGCGCGACUGGACGAUGGCGCAGGUCCCCACGGCCCUGAUAUGUACAUGGACGAGGAGGAAGAGUUGAAGUACGGAGCAAAGCAUGUCAUCAAACUUUUCGUGCCAGUGUCCCUGUGCAUGUUGGUGGUGGUGGCCACCAUCAGCUCAAUCUCCUUCUACACCACUAAAGACGUCUACUUAGUUUACACUCCAUUCCAUGAGGAAAGCAGCGAUCCGGGCACCAAAAUUUGGAAUGCCCUCGCCAAUGCUGGUAUUUUGCUAAUAGUGAUUGUGAUCAUGACCUUCAUACUGAUCCUCCUCUACAAAUACCGAUUCUACAAAGUCAUUCAUGGAUGGCUCAUUUUGUCUUCAUUGAUGCUCUUGUUCGUGUUUGCGUAUCUCUAUUUAGAGGAGGUACUGAGAGCGUACAAUGUCCCGAUGGACUAUUUCACUCUUGCUGCAAUCAUGUGGAACGUUGGGGUGGUUGGAAUGAUCUGCAUCCACUGGAAGGGGCCCCUUCGUCUCCAGCAGGCGUAUCUCAUUUUCAUUGCAGCCCUGAUGGCCCUUGUGUUCAUCAAAUAUCUCCCAGACUGGACGUCCUGGGUUGUUUUGGCGGUCAUCUCUAUCUGGGAUUUGGUUGCUGUGCUGACCCCGAAAGGACCGUUGCGAAUCCUCGUCGAAACAGCCCAAGAGCGAAACGAGCAAAUCUUUCCUGCCUUGAUCUAUUCAUCUGCCGUUGCUUACACGGUUGUUGGCAUGGCGGACCGAGCCGAGCCAGCAACUGAAGAAACAAGACCCCAACUUCCACCCAGAGGAGUCCGUCAAGGGAGGAGAGGUUCUCCUGGUGACAGCAAUGCUGGUUUUACUGAAGAGUGGGUGAAUCAGGUCAAUCAAUCGACCAACCCAAGAGUUGUCGCAGGCCAACCAGGGAACUACACCGCCUCAAGUGAACAAGCCCCUCAACAGCAUGGACCUUUUAUGGAAGUUGACGACGAAGAACGUGGAAUCAAAUUGGGCCUUGGCGACUUCAUUUUCUACAGCGUCCUUGUAGGCAAAGUAUCUUCAUAUGGAGACUGGAACAUGACUCUUGCUUGCUUCGUCGCUAUUCUGAUCGGCCUGUGUCUGACUCUGCUUCUUUUGGCAAUAAUCAAGAAAGCUUUGCCUGCUCUACCCAUUUCAAUCACUUUUGGACUGAUAUUCUACUUUUCCACCAGAGAGAUCGUCAAGCCAUUCACUGAUCUCCUAGCAAGUGAGCAAGUUUUUAUUUAGUCUAAUUUUUUCUCUUAAUUUUAUAAAAAAAAUUCCAUUUUUACUCAAAAAGAUCAUAAUAGUAUUAAUAAUUCAAGCUUAAUUUAAAAUAAUUUAUUCAAAUCACAAACCACGAAAGACAAAGAAAAAUUUCCGAAAAGUCUCAGUUUUACAAAAGACUCAUUGUGAAGUCUUACGUCCGUUGUAACCCCUGACCAGCACCAAAUAAAUAACAAUUAGGCAUCUA